GGUUUGGAUGACAGAUACAUCCGCUUGCGGUCGCAUAGAAUUUUGCAUCCUGUGGUGUCGAGAUUGCGUCAGUCUCAUUCGAUCACGUUUUCGAGACCAGGUUUUCGACCAGGUUUCCACGUUUGGUUUCGGUCUACGAAUAAGUUAUGGCAAAAAACAAAGACACAAAUCAUUACGAAUGCAACCUGCCCGAAAGGUAAAGUUUCGAACCAGAAUUGGUUUCUCGGCCACGACCACGCAGGUCUAACGCGCCUUGUCUUGCAAAGGGCAAUUUGUAGCAGAAUUAAUCGCUUUCGCCUCGACCUUUUUAGGUGCUGCAAAAGUAAGAGCUGCUGCAAUCUCGAUUCCUGGGUUUGCUGAUCAAGAACAAGAAAAUAAACGCGAGGACUACAAGAGCCACAGCUUCUCU